AUGGAGGGCCCCAACACGAGCCACUGGUCUGAGUCCAACUGGACAGUACCGCAGGAAUUUGUCAUCCUAGGCUUCUCGGGGUGGUCCCCGGGCCUCCGUCUGCUGCUCUUCUCUCUCCUCUUGCCGCUCUACUUGGCCACCCUGGCUGGGAACCUGCUCAUUCUGGGCCUGGCCCUGGCAGAACCCACUCUGCACACACCCAUGUACUUCUUCUUAGGUUCUCUGUCUGCAGUUGAGGUGGCCUACACCCUGGUACUCACCCCACGGAUGCUGGCUGGGUUUCUCCUGCCUCCCGGUGGCCAGGCGGUGGCGCCUUCUACCUGCGCGGCCCAAAUGGGUCUCUUCGUGGCUCUGGGUGGCUCUGAGUGCCUGCUGCUGGCAGCCAUGGCCUUGGACCGCUACCUGGCUAUCUGCCGCCCUCUCUACUACCCUCAGCUCAUGACCACUGGGCUCUGCUGGGCCCUUCUAGCUUCCUGUUGUGUGGGUGGCUCUAUCCUAGCCUUAGGUCUCACCACUGUUAUAUUCCAGCUGCCUUUCUGCCACGGCGGCCUUGUCAAUCAUGUCUUCUGUGACCUCCCAGCUGUGUUGGUUCUGGCCUGUGGGAACCGGGACCUUCAGGAACACGCGUUACUGGCAGCCUGCAUGCUUCUGCUGGUGCUGCCUCUAAUCCUUAUCUUAAUGUCCUACACCAGGGUACUGGUGGUCAUCCUGGGGGUGGGGGAUGGUGCUGGCCGCCGCAAGGCCUUCAACACGGUGGCAUCCCAUCUCACGGUGGCUGUGCUCCACUAUGGCUGUGCCACAGCCAUGUAUGCCAGACCCCUGAGUAGCCGCUCCCUGGAGGAAGAUAAGCUCGUGUCCCUCAUUUACAUAAACCUCACACCGCUCUUGUACCCAGCCAUCUAUACACUGCGCAAUCGGGACAUGCAGGGCGCCCUCCAACGAGUAGUCAGCCAGAGGACGAUGGGGGCGGUCCAGCAAGCUGAUCCGGCCUAA